CGCAUUCGAACUGCUUCGUUGAACAAUUGGUAUUUUUGUUCCUGUGUCAAAAACUGCUAGCUGAUAACAGGCUACAGUAGCCGUCUGUGGCAGCUAGCUAUCAGGCAAAUCAACUUUAUCAGAGACGAAAUUGAUCACUUUUUGGACUCAGAAACAUUUAUACCGCAUAUUUCAUCUGAGUACAACGACGGGCAGCAAUUUCAUGAAGGAAAGCUUUGGAAAAUAGCCAGAUAUUUAAAUUGCUCAGCAAGCCCACCGUUAGCUUAGCCUGGUUUGAUAGCAGUACUAGCAAGCGGACCAACGUUAAAAGUCUGAAAUUAUUUUUGAAUUGUAGGAUACUGUAAAUAGUUAAGCGUCUUCAUAUAUCGUGCAGUUUUGAUUGUUUACAACUUUUAGAUUCGUAUUAGUCGGUCUUUAUAUUGAUCGCCGUAUCAGUCUAGUCGGCCGGUUGUGUAGCAGUCUGCUAAAUUUUCUCAUCUGGGACUAAUUUGCUGGCUAUCUGUGUGCUCCACACAGCUGAAAAUGAAUUCAAAUGUGGAAAACUUGCCUCCUCAAGUGUUGAGACUUGUCUAUAAAGAGGUUUCUGCCCUGGCAGCAGACCCUCCAGAGGGGAUCAAAAUCUACCCCAGCGAAGAGGAUAUCACAGAGCUUCACACGGCUAUUGAGGGCCCAGAAGGAACUCCUUAUGCCGGAGGGGUGUUCCGGAUGCGUUUGGUCCUUGGAAAGGAUUUCCCUGCUGCACCUCCCAGAGGCUAUUUCCUGACUAAGAUUUUCCACCCUAAUGUUGGGCACAAGGGUGAAAUCUGUGUCAAUGUACUGAAGAGAGAUUGGAAAGCAGAGCUGGGCCUGAGACAUGUAUUGCUUACUAUCAAGUGCCUUCUGAUCCAUCCUAACCCAGAGUCAGCUCUGAAUGAGGAAGCUGGGAGGUUGCUUUUGGAGGACUAUAAGGAGUAUGCAUCACGUGCUCGCCUUCUAACAGAAAUCCAUGCUAUGGGAGGCACAUCAGGGGCACCUCAGGAGCCUGCUGAUGGACCUCAACCCAAAAAACAUGCAGGAGAUCCGAACAAACGUGUAGCUGGUUUGGUAACCGCGUGUGCUGGGACCAACAGCUCGAAUAACAGCGGCACAAGUAGUAGCAAUAGUAAUGUAGUUGCAAAGAAGAAAACGGAUAAAAAACGAGCACUGAGGCGGCUAUAAAAUAGUAAAUCUGUGUUUUUGUGUACAUAUAAAUAUUGAAUUGUGCAGACCACCUUUUCUCCUCUUCAAACUGUCUUUCCAUGUUUAGGAUAGCACAUUCAUUUUGCCAUGAUCCUACCCGAUCACUCCUCUUGUUUCUUUGUCUCUUUUGAACUUACUCUCAGGACUUGAACUGUCUUUGUGACAAUUCUCUUUCACUCACAAAAGGAGUUUCAUCUGUGUUUUCAAAAUUUCAUGAUUGUUCAGAUUAUGAAUUCAGUAGUAAAGGUUUUUGGAAAAGUUAUUUGUGGCCUCUAGGAUUAUGUAAUAACCAUCAGCAACAUUUGGGCUAUAUUUAUGACUGUUACAGAUUCCUGUACUGUCCUGUUCUGGUGGGGGUUGCACAGAAGUUAUAUUAUAUAUACUUUUUAGGUGUGACUGGUCAGUUACUGUAAUUCUGUCCUAAUGCAUUGGACUGAUACAGUUAAAUUACAGAUUAGAGAUGAGGAUUUAUUCAGGGGAUUAAUGAAAAGUACCUUGCAAAGGCUAUGAUUGUUGUGUGUUUGAUUGUGGAGUAAGAGAUGUAAGAUCAGGAAUAGCAGAGAGAGGGGGUUCAAAUGUGGUCUGAAUAGAACUUGUGAAAUAUCACUUGUCUUUUAUUUUUGCGUUUCUUAUAUUUUGUGAGUGCAUAUUUGUGUGGUAUUAUCUCUUUCUUUACAGUUUUUACUAAAUCGUUUUGUAGGUUCAUCUCUUUUUCAUUGUCCACUUUGCAAAAGGCCUUGUUUUCCAUUUGAAGUUAACAGCUACAUUUAUCUGACACUUUGGCACAUGAAGUCAUUGGGUAGAGCAAGGGGCAACUAGUUUAUAAUGCCAUUCUAUCACAUGAUGUUUGUCCAUUUUGAAAUGUAACAUUUUUUAGGUUGGAUGAUAUACUUGAAAAGAAAGAACAUUUACCCUCCCCUUUUAUAUGAUCAGAGUUGCACUUGUUUUUUUCUAGCCCUGCUGCUUUCACAAUCAAAAGUCUGUUAAGCAAUCUUCUCCAGUUACCUUCAGAUCUGGCCUUUAGUUCCCAAAGAUUCUCUCCAACAAAUUGCUAUGAACUUUGGGCAAGGUGUGCUUGCAGAUACUAUUUUCCCAUAUUGAAAAGCUUGUGGAUGAACAGUAGGGCAUUUUUGUGGCCAUUUUAAAUUAUUUAAAUAAAACUAUUUUUUAUUUGA